GAGAGAGGAGAGAUAGAGAGAGAGAGGGGGGGAUGAAUCGGCGACAGCAGAGAGCGCUGAAGUUGUCCGUCGCGGUGAUGGCGGCGUGCAUAUUGUGUUACAUAGUCGGGCCACCCCUGCACUGGCACGUGACCGAGGCCCUGGCCUCCGUCCGCCGCCGCGGCGGGGGGCCCUCCUCCGCCGCCUCCUGCCCGCCCUGCCGCUGCGAUUGCUCUUCUCAGCCGCUCCUCUCCCUCGGCGACGAAUUGAUCAACAACACCUUCACAGAUUGUGUAAAGCAUGACCCAGAGGUGAGCGAAGAAAUGGAAAAGAGCUUCACAGACUUGCUAACGGAGGAACUGAGGCUGAGGGAAGCUCAAGCCCUGGAGAACCAGCAGCGCGCCGAUAUAAGGCUGUUAGAGGCCAAGAAAAUGGCAUCUCAAUACCAAAAGGAGGCAGACAAGUGCAGUUCUGGAAUGGAGACCUGUGAAGAAGCGAGGGAAAGAGCUGAAGGAAUAUUAGAAGAACAGAGAAGAGUGACUGCUAUGUGGGAACUCAGGGCUCGUCAGAGAGGAUGGCAAGAAGGGUUCCAGUAGGCAUUACAAAUAUGUAAGUCGAGCUAAAGAACGAUUCUGCAGAUUUGAUCCUUGAGAAUUUUCUGUUUAGGGGUUACACUUUUUUAUAAGAAAUGCUUAUUGGAUUCAUUCAUUCAUUCAUUCAUGUACUUAUUAUUACACUUCAGAAGUUAUACUGAGAGCAGAAAUAAUUGAAAGCCCUAUUGCUUGU